ACGAAGGCAACAUAGACACAACCCUCGUUUCUGGAGGCUCAGCUGGUGUGUUGCUCGGAUAGGCGUUCGAUUCUAUAGUCUGGUCAGUGCGAGGAGCUCGGCGAUCACCUUCGCUAGUCACGUGGCGUGUUGCUGCUGUGGGCUGGCCGCUGCAGACGGGGGGAAGAUGGCGGCGCACAGCUCGGAUUCACGUGGUCUGUUUUAUGAGGCGGUUCAGGCGGUGCUGGGGAGCUGGCCGGUGCUGCAGAUAGCUGUGGAGAAUGGAUUCGGGGGUCUUUAUGGCCAGGAGAAGGCCGGAUGGAUGGUGGGAGCUGUGGAUCAAUAUUUCCAUACGAAUUCGGACUUGGAGCAGUACGAGGUGGAGGAGACACUGCAAGGGAUACUGAAUGAUGAGUUUGAUACCGUAGUGGAAGAUGGAAGUUUGCCAUUGAUUUCCCAGCAGCUCUGCACGUUCUACUCCCAGUGUCGGCAGGGAGACACAACCCGCGUGAAGGAGAAGAUUGCACAACUGUCCCAGAAGAAGUACAAUGUGAAAGCCAAUGUGCAGGAAGUGAAAGCCGAUGAGGACAGCAGCGAUGGUGAUGGGGAAGAGGAAGAGGCAAUGGACUGUGAGACGAGUACACACACACCUCCCACGCCAGCCGCUUCUACUGCAUCCAGCGGGUCAGAGGCCGGAGGGCAUAGCAGGGAUCCGGAGGAGGUGGAACAGGAGGUUCAGGGUUGGACUGUGGUGCGGAGGAAAAAGAAGUGAUCUGUGCAGAGCUUUUCCAAGAGAAAGCAGAACACGGCUGUGCGGCUGUACCUGGCAUACUGGAUAUAAGCGAUUUUACAGUGCACAUGGGAUUGCGGCACUGGGACUCGGAACAUUACGCCAAAGUGUUUGUGCCGAAAGUCACCAGAUCACGAAUUGUCUUUUGAGUAUUGCAGAGUGACAUAUUAACUUGCAAGGAGUUCCUUAUUUUAAUCCUGUGUGGUAUACAUGGAAUGCUAGAGUUAAAGGUUUUGCUUUUUAAACCAAGUCCUUUGCCCUAAUUUAUAAGAAAAAAAAGGCAUAAUUUUAAUUCUAAUAUGUUGUCCCUGUUCUCUCCUGUUUCAUAGUUAGAACAUCUUUUGUUUACAAAAAUGAAUGUCCGUAUCUAGACUGCGUUGUUUGGCAGAGGCGGUUGGCAUAUAGGUGCCACUCAGAUUUUGCAUAUGGCAGUUGCAUUACUGCAGAGACAAACAUUUCCGUUCACGGUAAGCGGAGAGGCCAGGCGAUAAUAAAAUGAGAGAGGACGUUACUGGGUCCUAAAAUAGCGGACCUGUGUCGUCUUGGAUAGACAUGGGAAUUGAAUUCAGUCUGAUCAUGGUAAUGGUUUACCCCAUAGCCAUUAAGAGAGCCUGUCCUGAAACACAUAACAGCAUCCUCACCCCACUCCUUCCUCGCUAGCCACUGGUGUGUGCUCUGGCGGUGGACCAUGCUGCUUCUGCCAUCCAGUUGGCAUCCAACGUCUGUACGCACAGUGGGAGAGAAGGGCAGAACAACUCUGGACUUUAAUAAUGGAUUCUUAUAUUGAUUUUUUUAGCUUCAGUUUUUAAUCAAAAAGACUCCUCAGAUUGUA